AUGCUCAGGUCCUGGCAGAACAACCAAAGUCUGUCCCCAGCUGGAAGGAACCGGUGGCUGAAAAUGAAACAGCAUCCUUUCCCCUUCCCUUUGAUCUUCGCUCUCUACUGCUUCUGUACUCUACAGUUCACCUCAGGGUUUCCUCAGCCUGUCGCCGGUUCUAUAGAUGCUCCAGACGUUCCUAAAAGAGAGCUGGCACUGUGUUUCAGUCAGUGGACAGAACUGUCUAAUCAACCCCAGAUCUCCAGUAAAGUAAUGGAUCUUUGUAAUGCUAUUUUUAAUAGCAUGCAGAUAGAGGAGGAAAACAACGAGAACAUAUAUAAAAGAUUUUUAUUUCACUACUCCAGAAUUCAAGAACCAACAUAUCCAUUUAAAAUUGGGGAAUCACAAAUUGCUGCUGCAGAGUUUACAAAGAAGGUACGUUAA